GACAGAGUUAAAUCAUCGUCAAGCUCAUCCAGACACAUUUAUCUUUGGCUUCUAUGGUCCAUUAAUUAUCUGAGGGGAGGGCAACACAAACCUAUACAAAGAGCAUAGGAAGAAACAAAAAGUACCUCCAAAUCAUGCCCCGCCGAAAAGCACUUAUCAUCGGAAUCAACUAUUAUGGCUCAGAGCAUGCAUUGAAAGGCUGCAUUAAUGAUGCAUAUAAUAUUCGCCAAUUCCUUGUCGAAGAACGCGGAUUUUCACCCGAUCAGCGUGACAUGGUUAUGCUGACAGACGAACCUAAAAAUGAAGGAACACCUUUCUAUCCUACGGGGCAGAAUUUGAUUGCCGCUUUUAAGUGGUUAGUAUCAUACAAUAAUCCUGGUGAUUCGGUAUGGUUAUCGUACUCUGGUCAUGGUGGUCAGGUAGCGGACGAUUACGGAGACAGAGAAUCAGGAUUUAACGAUACAAUUUGUCCGGUCGAUUUCGAGACAAACGGGCAAAUCACCAGCAGUACAUUACAUAAACUUAUUAUCUCACCGAUGAACCCAUAUGCACGACUAACCAUUCUCUUCGAUUGUUGCCAUUCUGGUUCAGCUGUAGAGCUUCCCUAUACUUACCGUCCCGAUGCUGACGGUAAUAUCAACCUGGUCAACAAUCUUAAAGAGGGUGUGCAUCUUGCUAUGGAGGCAUCCAACCUUCUCCAAGGGGGCUUUAGCAUGGACAGACUUGACGAUGCACGUUCGUUUGUAGCCGAAGCUGCGACCUUCUUUCACAGUUUGCAUCAUCAACCAGAGGAAGCUGAUGAACAAGGUCUUGUGGAUGAGGGCUUUCACGAAAAUUGGCGUAAUGAGGCCAAAGACGCCUGGAUGUUUAGCGGGUGUGCGGAUGGUCAGACAUCUGCAGAUACGAGUAUACGAGGACGAGCAACGGGUGCCAUGUCUUGGGCUUUCAUGAACGUGAUGAGGGAGAAUCCACAGCAGUCCUAUCUCGAUGUCCUGGCCAACACGAGAUAUCUAAUUCAACAGCACUAUUCGCAAAUUCCUCAGCUAUCAGUUGGUGGCGAGUAUGACUUGAGUCAACCAGUUUCGUUCUAAAACGGUGGUUACACUAGCGAAACAUCUAUGGCAAUAUGCUAAUCCUACCACUGAUCACUUGGCUUGGAUUAGAGGCUAUCUCAAGGGAUCGUGGGUAUUCACUAUCUUUGUCACAUUUAUAUUGUGCAUUUGACUAGCCUUGAAAUUCUAUGGUGCAUAUAUAAGGGUAAAUGUGUGCAAGGCUUACUAUAGUAAAACCUCAAUCCAAGAUUCAUCUAGAC